UCAGUAUAUACAGACAUACAAGCACAUCCUCUCAUCAAAAAAUUACUCCGCUGUCCGCAAAAGCGUUCAAUUAUUUUCUCCGCAUUUCUCAUUGGACUUCUCUUCAUGAGAGGGGUGCUGUAGCGCCAAAUUUUGGUCUCCUACACCGGGUCGCAGUUCAGUGUACCCCGCCGCUGUAAUAUGGCGAUGGCAGUCAGUACAUGGCGAGAACCGGGUGAAGACCUCUCGAGCCCGGACAAGCAGCAGCAGCAGCAGCCGGUACCCGCACCCGUCCCGGGACCAGGGCCGCAGCAGCCGCCGCCGUCGCAGCCCCCAGGGCAGACGCAGCAGUCGACCCCGGGUCCGCAGCAGCCAGGCCCGCCGACCCCGAACCAGCAGACGCCGAACGGCGGGUCGAUGCCGCAGCAGACGCCGACGGCCCCGACGCAGCCGUCCUCGCAGCAGGGCCAACAACAGUCCACCCCGACUUCGGGAGGCCAGAGCCAGCACAUCGAGUGCGUCGUGUGCGGGGACAAGAGUUCCGGUAAGCACUAUGGCCAGUUCACAUGCGAGGGUUGCAAGAGUUUCUUCAAGAGAAGCGUUCGUCGGAACCUGACCUACUCCUGCCGGGGCAACCGCACCUGCCCCAUCGACCAACACCACCGGAACCAGUGUCAGUACUGCCGGCUCAAGAAGUGUCUGAAGAUGGGCAUGAGACGAGAAGGUGUGGCGGUUCAACGGGGCCGGAUCCCCCCGACCCAGCACCCAGCCGGUGCCCAGUACGCCCUGACCAACGGAGUAGACCCGAUCAACGGCCACUCGUACUUGUCCGGGUACAUCUCUCUCCUGCUACGGGCUGAACCCUACCCAACCUCGCGCUAUGGCACACAGUGUAUGCAGCCCAACAACAUUAUGGGCAUUGACAACAUCUGCGAGCUCGCGGCUCGCCUGCUCUUCAGUGCCGUGGAAUGGGCCAGGAAUAUUCCCUACUUCCCCGAGUUACAAGUCACCGACCAAGUGGCGCUGUUGCGCCUGGUGUGGAGUGAGCUAUUCGUGCUGAACGCCUCACAGUGCUCCAUGCCCCUUCACGUCGCCCCAUUGCUUGCCGCCGCUGGCCUGCAUGCCAGCCCCAUGUCAGCCGACCGAGUCGUGGCGUUCAUGGAUCACAUACGCAUAUUCCAGGAGCAAGUAGAGAAACUGAAAGCAUUGCACGUGGAUUCUGCAGAGUACAGCUGUCUGAAGGCGAUCGUGCUCUUCACCUCAGAUGCGUGCGGCCUGUCGGACGCGGCUCACAUCGACUCCCUGCAGGAGAAGUCGCAGUGCGCGCUCGAGGAGUACGUCCGCUCCCAGUACCCCAACCAACCCACGCGGUUCGGCAAGCUGCUGCUGCGCCUGCCGUCGCUCCGCACCGUCUCCUCUUCCGUCAUAGAGCAGUUGUUUUUCGUCCGCCUGGUAGGUAAGACUCCCAUCGAAACCUUAAUCCGAGAUAUGCUCUUGUCUGGAAGCUCCUUUAACUGGCCAUACAUGUCCAUCCAGUGAGUGACUUAUUGAAACACAGUCCUGCGCACAUAGCGUCGAACGGACAUCUUCCUGAACACACACUUCAGAUGGAUUUGCAAGGACUCUAAACCGACGAAGUCACCGUAGUAGAUAAACGACUUGCUCUGAGCACAGCGUUAGUCCUGUACUACUCUACUCCUUUUGUAAAAAGGAUCAAAAAAGAAAAGUGUUAUUUUCUCUGUUUUUCUUUUGUUUCGGAUUUUAUUGAUACCACAUGAAAUGUUCACCUUUGAAAAAGCUAAGCCUUUGUCAAUUGGUAAACUUAUAACAGACUAGGGGAAUUUUAACAAUUUCGACAAAAUGCCGAAUUAUGUGUCUAUGUAUCUUGCUGUUUUAUAUACAUGGUUCCAAACCAAACGUUAAGUGAUUUACUAAUAAUAAUUUUGAUAUAACCUUGCUCUAAGUGUAUGCUAUCUUGCGUAUGUAAAAACUUGUAAAGGAAAUUUUUUGAAGGAAAAGAAAUACGGACGGAAAGAAGCUCAAAGCUUUGUGGAAAUCUGAAUGUUGUCCUGGAAUCAUAAUUUUAAAAAUACAAUCAUGAUAUACAUAUACAAGGGUAAUAUAAUUGAAGUAUCGAUGUUUAAAGGCGCUCACUGUGGGCGAGAUAUCAUGGUGUUUGAUCUUGAUCUUGUGUUGCUUCUGUUAUAUAUGUUACUAAGGCUUUAAUUUAGCAAGGUGUCCAAGACACCGCCUUUGCUUCAUUAAAAUAUGUAGAAAAAUGAA